UAUUGAAUCAAGAAUGACGAACUCAAGAAGCAUCUCAACCCGUUUAUCAAAAACGCGAAGAACCCGACAAGACCCGUUAGUUUCCCCUCUUCCGGCAGCUUCCCUGUGGAAAAUGGUUUAGAUUGACAGUCGAAAGAAGACUUCGACACCUGGGAGGAGGAGAUUCGGAUUUCAAAAGCUUUGAGUUUUUUUUUCCGGUGAAUGUUCUGCAAAUUCCAGCGACUCCGGUUGAAAUCGAUGCUGUAUGGAAAACGAUCCUCUCGUCGUGCUCGACGUCUUUCUCUAAUUGGUUUUCAAAUUUGGUUAAGUUUGGAAAAAUGGGGAUCAGCCACUCUACAACGAGGACGAGACCGUCAUUGUCACGGUUAAUGGUGAGAUAUAUAACCACAAGCAGUUGAGAGAAACAUUGAAGGGUCAUCGAUUCCGAACUGGCAGUGACUGUGAAGUGAUAGCGCAUCUUUACGAGGAACAUGGGGAAGAAUUUGUUGACAUGCUGGACGGGAUGUUCUCCUUUGUCCUCCUUGAUACAAGAGACAACACUUUCAUGGCGGCUCGAGAUGCUAUUGGCAUUACCCCACUUUACAUGGGUUGGGGUCUUGAUGGAUCAAUUUGGUUUGCUUCAGGAAUGAAAGCUAUAAGUGAUGAUUGUGAAAGAUUCAUAUCUUUUCCUCCUGGGCAUCUAUACUCUAGCAAACAAGGAGGGCUGAGAAGGUGGUACAAUCCAGAAUGGUUUUUGGAGAAGAUACCAUCAUCUCCUUAUGAUCCCAUUGUUUUACGCGAGGCUUUUGAGAAGGCUGUGUUAAAGAGACUUAUGACAGAUGUACCAUUCGGUGUUCUUUUGUCCGGAGGAUUGGACUCGUCACUCGUUGCUGCUGUGGCUUGUCGCUAUUUGGCUAAAUCAGAAGCUGCACGUCAGUGGGGGUCACAAUUACAUACCUUUUGCGUUGGCUUAGAGGAAGGCAUAGAUGCACUUGAAGAAGUUAUCUACCAUAUUGAGACAUAUGAUGUGACCACUGUCAGAGCCAGCACUCCAAUGUUUCUUAUGUCUCGUAAGAUAAAAUCUCUGGGAGUAAAAAUGGUCCUUUCUGGUGAAGGUUCAGAUGAAAUCUUUGGUGGCUACUUGUAUUUCCACAAGGCACCAAGCAAGGAGGAGUUUCACCAAGAAACAUGCCAGAAGAUUAAAGCUCUUCACCUGUACGACUGUCUGAGGGCCAACAAAUCGACUUCAGCUUGGGGUGUUGAGGCUCGAGUACCGUUUCUUGACAAAGAAUUCAUCAAGACUGCGAUGGACAUUGAUCCAGAAUGGAAAAUGAUCAGGCCUGAUCUUGGGAGAAUUGAGAAGUGGGUCUUGCGCAAAGCAUUUGAUGAUGAUCAGAAGCCAUAUUUACCAAAGCACAUCUUGUAUAGGCAGAAGGAGCAGUUUAGUGAUGGUGUCGGUUACAGCUGGAUUGACGGCUUGAAAGAUCAUGCCAACAAACAAGUAACGGAUUCAAUGCUGAUGAACGCAAGCUUUGUCUACCCUGAAAACACUCCGACUACAAAAGAAGGAUACUACUAUAGGACUAUCUUUGAGAAAUAUUUUCCAAAGAAUGCUGCGAGAUCGACAGUUCCCGGUGGUCCAAGUGUGGCAUGCAGCACAGCAAAAGCUGUGGAGUGGGAUGCGGAAUGGUCCAAGAACCCUGAUCCAUCUGGUCGUGCUGCAGUUGGUGUACAUGCAGCUGCGUAUGAGGAAUCCAAAGAUGUGAAGACUGGAAGUCUUGUGAGUGACUCUCCACAGAAACUUGUAAAAGGGGUUGCAGAGAAAGUGGCUGCAGUAGUUUGAGUGGGAUGAAAAAGAUGAGACCAGAAGGCCUUGUAAGGAAUCCGUCACGACUGUUAGUAGUUUAUAUAACUAGGAAGGCCUUGCUAUUGUCUCUUAGAUGAGACCAGACUAGUUGAUGCUUAUAUUUUCUGUCUGUAAUUUUCUUUGACCACGACAAGAUUAUGUUUUCGGUUUGACAUGUAUGCAAUUUAGAUAGGUUUCUAUGUGUAUUUUGUUUCUUAAAUCCUUCAUCUAGAGAAUGCAGUUCUGAUUUUCCAUUUUUUUCUUA